AUGCUCAUCAGCCACACGCUACCAGCCGCCAGGCUCAUCCCCAACCAUACGCGGAAAUUCUCCUUACUUUCCACACAUGCUUCCUUCCCAGCAACGAUGCAUCGGUUUCAACUUCACCGGAAAGCGACAUUGUACGACGCGGACCAAGAGGAGACCCGCCAUAGGAAGGACGGUAUCAAAGUGUCAGGAGAUGGGCUAGUUCACGCGAUGAUCUCGAAGUCAAGCCCGUACUCCAACGGGCCAAUUUUCAUGCCUAACUCUCGCCUUAUGCAACAAAUCCUUCAGUUUGAUUUCUCGAAUUACCAAGAAGAUGUUGAUGAUGGCAAGCCUAUGCUUAAUCCUACUGUGAUCUGUAUCCAGCGAGGUACUCCCAUUCCCCCUGUGCUGGUUUUAUGGAGAGAAGGCAUUUCGCGCUUUUCUUUGCAGCCCUCAAAGCCCAUCGAAAUUGAAAAUCUUAACAAUCUUCUUACCGAGUUCUAUGAGAGGUCUGCAACAGCUGUUGAUGCAGAGGAGUGGGUCCAAACGCAUCCAUAUUGGGAGAGCUUCGCAGACCAGAACGAGAAAGGGUGGAUGGAGACAUAG